AUGACAAGUAAUAAUGGCGGUCGCAGGUCAAAGCACCAUGACGACAUCGACGACGAUGAGGGUUCUGUGUUUCAGUACAGCAACACGGAAGUUGAACUGAAGCAACUGGUACGGCUCAUGGCCAAGCACAAGAAUCAACCUCGAUUGACCGUACUUUUGGCGAUGGAAAAAGAUCGAGUGAAUCUACGGGAUGCCCUGCAGUUUGCACAGGGCUUUGUCGAUAGUCAUGUCCAGAAGCGACAAGCCAAGAAACUCAAGCAGCAUCAGCAAAGCGUUCGUCCAGAUGCCGCUCCACUCUCCUUGUCUCGUCGUGCUGAUGAUCACAGUGGUGACGAUGACGAAGAAUUUAAAGACAGACGCUACUACAAGGGCCGCAGCAAAGUGGCACGGCAAGUGACUCCUUCAAAGAGCUACAGUGCCUCGUCUUCCAGAGAUAGUGAUAGCAGCAGCGACGAUUCCAGCAGCAGUGACGAAGAAGAAGACAGAAAGAUGCCAGCCAAGAAAGGGACUUGGAUCUGUGGAGUGUGCACUCUGGCAAAUUCCUCUAUCAGACUUACAUGCAUGGCAUGUGCUUCUAAUCCUCCUCGACCUUCUUCUACUAUCAAAGUCAAAGCCAAAAGGAAAACGAUAGAAACACACCAGCCACCCCAGCUCAAACCCAAACGAAAGAGAUCACCACCACCGUCUCCUGUAGCCAGUGCCCCCGUGGCAAUCCGACCCCCACCAAAAACCAUGAGUACCGUAAGUCCUCCAGUUGCAGUCCGACCAAGAGUCAUGAAGAAUACCACAACUAUUAAUACCACCAAGAACGCCCAAAAGCAGAAAAGGCUCAUCAACAAAACCUGUAGCUCGAGAAAUCACAGAAAGAUUGAUCAGAUCCGACGCGAGCAAGAGGAAGAUGUCACCACCAGCGAAGAAGAAGAGGAAGGCGACAAGAAGAUGCCGGCCAAACCGCAGUGGCAGUGUGAAAUGUGCACAAGGAUGAAUGAAGCCAUGGACCAAAAUUGCUCGCUUUGUGACGCUUGUCGACCCGAAGAACCAAGAGCCAGAAGAAACCGGAGAAAACCCUCCCAAGAGAUGGAAACCAAAAAGAAGCAAGCCGAACUAAGAGCCCAACAAAGUGCCGCCCAGGAAAAACUCAUCCAAGAAAUGGAAACCAAAAAGAAGCGGGCACGAGAAACGGAGGACACCACAAGGAACGCGGGUGAAGACAGAGCCUCCAAAACCAACAAGAAGAAAGAUGCUACGUCGAGCUCUACGACCGUCACUCCUAGCACCACGGCAAGCGGCGAUAGUGCUAUUUCUACAGCAGCAAUACCAACUGCCAAAGUCAGCUCUGAAGAGGAAGGGUCUUUCAAGGAUCUCCUCGAGCACGUACAACAGGGUCUGGAGUCCCUCCGGCGGGGAGACUAUUGGGCCGACUAUGGGUUGGAACCCACGGUGGUCUUGGUCCCAGCGGAAGAAGAGGAGGAUGACGAUGAUGAUGAUAAAUGGAGGAGUGAUACAACGAGUCCGUUUCGUGUCUUUUUCAGGGCGGUUGCCACGGACAUGGUCAAGCAAGAACAAGGGCGAACCGGAGGACGCCUUCAACGCAUUCGGGAGUACAUGGCAGCCCUUCAGGAGCGAGACGAGGAAUGGGUGGAAUACAUUCGACUGCAUGAUGAUCCAACUGCAACCAAUCCGCAAUGGGAAUGUCAAGUUUGCAUGACCAUGAACGAGGAAGGCAAUGGUAUCGACUAUUGUACGGUCUGCACACAGCCCAAAAACACACCCGCACCGGCGACAUUGAAAACUACAGCAGCAAACAAAAGGAACAAGCGACGAAAGGCGUAG